AUGCGGCACAUCCACACAGAGACGUCCCUGCCUCCAGAGCACAGCACAGACCCCAGCCUGUCCCGGCCCAGUGGAGAGGCACCCUUGGAGCCUUCCUCGCAGCGCUGCACCCACCACGGCAUCGUCAUGGGCUACAACGAGACAGAGAUCAAGCGCCAGAAGGUUUACCAGGUCUCCAUCUUCUCCCAUCUCUCCAGCUCCUCUGAGAGCACAGAGCAGCGGGCAGGCAGCCAGCUAGCCAUCAAGAGGGGUUACCCUGAGCAGCGAACUCCGGGGGGGGGGGAAGGGCCCAAACGCCGCGGGCUCGGGGGCAGCAGGUGCCUGGCCAAAAGGAAGCUGCUGCCCACUGGCGAGGCUGUGGCUGACUCCUGCUCUGAGGAUGAGAGCCUGUCCCUGCCAGUGAGGAAGAAGAGAGCCCUACCAUGCCAUCAGGUGCCCACGGCCUGCCGCAGCACUGAUGCCAAGGGGGCACCUUUCUGGAAUCACCUGCUUCCCACAGCCAAGAGCUCUGCGGAUUGUACUGCAGUCGGGAGGAGGCUGAAGAGCAGGCUGCGCCUCAAAUCGCGACAUCUCUGGAGCAGCCUCCGGAGGGGUACCAGGUCCUCCACAGCGCCCUGGGCCACCACCACCAUCAUCAGCCAUGCUCUGCUGGGCAACUUUGAGGAGUCCAUCCUGAAAGGGCGCUUUGCACCAUCAGGGAGGAUCGAGGGGUUCACGGCAGAGAUCGGUGCCAGUGGCUCCUACUGCCCCCAGCAUGCCACCCUGCCCGUUGAUGUCACCUACUUCGACAUCUCCGAACAUAGCGCACCCUCGCCUUUCCUGGGAGUGAUUGACUUGGAGGCCUUGGGAAAGAAGGGUUACAGUGUCCCCAAAGCUGGAACCAUCCAAGUGACCUUAUUUAACCCCAACAAGACUGUGGUGAAGAUGUUCUUGGUGACAUACGACUUCCAGGACAUGCCGGCCAACCACAUGACCUUCCUACGCCACCGCAUCUUCCUGGUGCCCGUGGGGGAGGAGGAAAGGGCCACUGUGGUCCCCAGCAACCCACCAGGCACCGGCCCACCCCGCAGGGUCCUCUGCUACCUGAUGCACCUAAGGUUUCACAGCUCCAAGUCGGGGAAGAUCUACCUUCACGAUGACAUCCGGCUGCUUUUCUCCCGCAAGUCGAUCGAGGUCGACUCAGGAAUCCCCUAUGAACUGAAAUCUUUUACAGAGAUGCCGAGGAACCCCUGCUACUCGCCCCGAGCCUGA